CCCCCGCUGAGGAAGUUCGCAUAGGGAACUCCACUUCCCGGCGUGCCUUGCGCGCCAGCCUCUCUCCCUCUCCGUUAUUCAUGACAGAAAGAGCCGGGGAAAGAGACCUCUGACUUGCCGUCUGAGGGAAAAGCACCAUGGAAACGCACAGAGAAAACAACACAGAUCGGGAGAUCACUGAGGGACGGUCCCGGUGGCCAUUUCCCGGCGUGCCUUGCGCGCGCGGUCGGUUGGGAUAAGAAGCCCACCGUUUCCCAGCAUGCCUUGCGGUUUGGGCGAAAGAGCUUAGUUCACCCACAGGGAGCCUUGACUCCGUUUCCCAGCGUGCCUUGCGGUUCUGGCCUUAGGACAGCCGAGUUAACUGUGAGAAGGAGGCGGCGGCCUCCAUUUCCCAGCGUGCCUUGCGGCCCUAGCCUAUUGAAAGCCGAGUCGACUGUCAGGGAAGGAGGCAGGCCCUCGCUUCUUUGAACUCAUUUCCCAGCGGUCCUGGCCUGAAUUAACCCCAUGAGGGAACGCAGGGAGCCCCGGCGCCUUAACUCCUAUUUCCCGGCGCUCCUUGCGGCGGCGGCGGCCUCAAAUUCCCAGCGUGCCUUGCGGUUCCAGCCUAGGACAGCCGAGUUUACUGUGAGAAGGAGCGGCGGCCUCCAUUUCCCAGCGUGCCUUGCGGUUCCGGCCUAGGACAGCCGAGUUAACUGUGAGGCGGCGGCGGCGGCCUUCAUUCCCCAGCGUGCCUUGCGGCCCCAGCCUAUUAAAAGCCGAGUAAAAACUAUCAGGCGCCUUAACUGCUAUUUCCCGGCGCUCCUUGCGGCUGCGGCGGCCUCAAAUUCCCAGCGUGCCUUGCGGUUCCGGCCUAGGACAGCCGAGUUAACUGUGAGGCGGCGGCGGCGGCGGCCUUCAUUCCCCAGCGUGCCUUGCGGCCCUAGCCUAUUAAAAGCCGAGUAAAAACUAUCAGGCGCCUUAACUGCUAUUUCCCGGCGCUCCUUGCGGCUGCGGCGGCCUCAAAUUCCCAGCGUGCCUUGCGGUUUCGGCCUAGGACAGCCGAGUUAACUGUGAGGCGGCGGCGGCCUUCAUUCCCCAGCGUGCCUUGCGGCCCUAGCCUAUUAAAAGCCGAGUAAAAACGUAUCAGGCGCCUUCACUGCUAUUUCCCGGCGCUCCUUGCGGCUGCGGCGGACUCCAUUUCCCAGCGUGCCUCGCGCGCGCGCUGUUUCUGAGGCGAUGUGCUGAGGCGAAGAAGCGCCUCCUCCUCCUCCUUCUUCUUCUUCUCCUUCCUUCUCGCCUCACGGUCGCUCUCGCCGCCGCCGUCAUGCUGGAGGAGGCCGGCGAGGAGGUGCUGGGCUCGGUGCUGCUGAAGGCCUCGUGCCUGCCGCUCAGCUUCCUGCUGGUGGUGCCGGCCGUCCUGCUGCUGCUGCUGGGCCCGCCUCCGGCCUCGGCCGCCCACGAGUUCACCGUCUACCGCAUGCAGCAGUACGAGCUCGGGGGGCAGCCCUACGGUCAGUGAGCCAAAGGGGUUCAGGCGGGGUUCGGGUGGCGGCGGCGCUAACAGGGAAGGCCCGGGAGACGACGACGCUCUCCCCACCCCCCUCCGCCUCUCAUGAGGCGCUUAAAUAACACCCGACACCCCCCCUCAAAUAUCCACGCUACACAGGUACAGAGUUUCCAAGGAACUGUAGUUUUCUCCUCACACUCACAGAACUACAGUUCCCAGGAUCCUUUGGGGGGGAAUCCACGUGCUGACAGCCCCCUUAACGUCAGUGGUUCCUCAUUAGCUAAGAUUCCCCCCACCCCCUGUUUUCCAUAAAGCCAAGCCAUGCCCCCCCUUACUUUUGAACAUUUUGAUUAUUCUUAUUUAUACUCCGCCCCUACUUUUGAACAUUUUCAUUAUUCUUAUUCUUAUUUAUACCCUGCCCAUCUGGCUGAGUUUCCCCAGCCACUCUGGUUGGCUCCCAAUCAAGUGUUAAAAACAGUACAGCAUUAAAUAUUAAAAACUUCCCUAAACAGGGCUGCCUUCAGAUGCCUUUUAAAAGUCUGGUAGUUGUUUAUUCCCUUGACAUCUGGCGGGAGGGCGUUCCACAGGGCGGGCGCCACUACCGAGAAGGCCCUCUGUCUGGUUCCCAGUAACCUCACUUCUCGCAAUGAGGGAACCGCCAGAUAUCUCUGUGGUAGUUUUUGCUAUGUGCCACGGGCCCCCUUGGGUGGGUUUUGCAGGACCCCCCCCCCAAAGUGGGAACCACUGCCCCAACAUAUUAUAAUUAUUAUUUAGUGGGAACCACUGCCCAAAAUAUUAUUUAUUAUUAUUAUUAGUGGGAACCACUGUCCAACAUAUCAUUAUUAUUUAUCCUCCACCUUUUCUGCUGACAGGGACUCGAAAGGUAGAAGCAAGAGCUACUCAAAACCAUGGGGCGGGGGAGAGCAAUAAUUAAAAUACAAUUUUUCCGUUGCAAGCUGCCCUGGGAAUAAAGGAUUGUAAUAAAUUUAAACUUUUUAAAACUUUACGCAUACAUAGUGUUAGAUUAAGUAUGUUAAUGUAAAAAUAGGAGAUUGUGGUAUUUAGUGUCUGCACUGUUUCUGUGGAGGUGCAUGAAAUGUAUACACUGCUUGAUGGUAAAAAAAAAUAUCUCUCAGCGGUUUGCAAAAAGAUAAAACAAUAAAAUCAAGAGGAGGAUCACAGUUGUACUUCAAAACAUAAAAAAGUUAAAAUGCUAAAGCAGAUUUAAAUUACCUCAACUGUCUAAGCAUGUGGGUAGGCUUGUCUAAGCAGGAAUGUUUUUUAGCAGGCGCUCCAAUGUGUACAGUGAAGGCACCUGCUUGUUCUCAAUCGGCAGGGAGUUCCAAAGUGUAGGUGCUGCCUCAGUAAACAAUCUCAUUCUUACAAGCGUGGAAUGGGCGUUAUGUGGCAGCUGUAGCGGAUCCAACUCCAUUGAUGGAAUCAGUCAUGUCAUGUGGGUACGCAGGGUAAGACAAUCUUGUAGGUAAACUGGUUCUUAGCUGCUUUAUAUGUUAAUCGUAACCCCUUGAACUUGGCCUGGUAGCAAAUUGGCAAUGAGUGCAGAUCUCUGAGCGCAAGUGUUACAUGCUGGCAAGGCCUCGCUGCUGUCAGCAACCGUGUUGCAGCAUUCUGAUUGCUGCUUCUAUGGCUCACAGCCUGUGGUUUGUCGGGUAAGAGCUAUCCAACAAAGCUCUGUUCAGAUGAUACGCUAAGCUGAAACUAAACCAUGGCUUAGCGGUAGAAUGACCAGGGAGGGGCAGUGCAGGUGGUCUGACUUAGUAUAAGACAGCUCCCUACAUUUGUGUAUUGUAUUUAAAUAAUGUAGGUGGAUCAGUUUUAACAGUGUGUGUGUAGCAAUAUACAAUGAUGAAACCGUGCAGUGUGUUCUGAUUUCCUGAUAAGGGAGUUCUCCUGCUUAAAGGUUUCUAGCCAGCCGUACUCUCCUGCAGCAGAACUCUGCCACCAGCCCUCUUUUUCCUCUUCCAACUGACAAGUCAACAUUUAUUUUUGUUUUGUAAAAUUCGUGUACUGCUUGAUUGCAACCCCCCCCCAACCAACCCUCAAAGCAGUUUACAAAAAGGGUAAAAGAAUAAAAUUAAGAAGAAAUUGCAACCAUACUUUCAAAACAUGCAAACAGUUAUAUUACCAAAACAGAUUAAAAUUACCUCCACUUAGAAUUGCAGAGUUGGACUAGUCCAACCCCCUGUAAUGCAGGCAUCUUUGCCCAACAUGGGGCUUGAACACACAACCCUGAGAUGAAGAGUUUCAUACUUUACCAGUUGAUCUAUCCCUGGGUGCCUCCCUUAGUUUUCCUUCUUCUAAAGACCUUUUGUGUUUCGGCAAAACUUGUUCUCCACAGCAUGCAAACACCUCCCUCUUGUUUUUCUGUGGCUACAUUUUGGUUGCAGUCCUCUCAAGUCACCACCCAAAUUCUCUGUGCUGUGUAGCGAGUCGAAAGAUGUAAUUAAUAUUUAUAAAACUGAAAUUUAUUAGGAACAGGAAUUGGCCUUAUACAAGAGCUGUCCAGCGUUGCAGGCCAGAGUCAUUCUCAGCCCUGCCUGGAUAUGCAAGGUGGUGUAAGAAUAUAGCAUUUAUUUUUGCAAGCUUUGUAAUAAAGAAUAUAAUACUAAUCCUGUAAAGUCUCCCAUAUGUAAAUAUAGAGAUUUUUGUAUGUAUGCAUGCAUGUAAUGCUAAAUUGUACCACUCCGCAGUUGAAACUUGCAGUUUAAAAGAAGCUGCACCCCAAUUCUGUGCAAGCCUAUUCAGAAGCAAAGCCUGCUCUGUUGAAUGUAACUGGCACAGAGAUAAGCAAGAACAGGAUUUCAGCCGUAGAUGAUUAGUCACCUGAGUUCUAAAUGAUUAAUUGACUAAGGCUGCAAUCCAAAACCACUCUUGCGAAAGAGUAAGGCCUCAUUGAACUAAGUGGGCUUGCUUCUGUGCAAUCAAGCCUAGGGUUGUGUUGAAAAUUUGGGUGUGAAGAAAUCCUUCUGAAGGAAGGGCAAGUAUUUUUCCUUGCUCUUGGGUGACGCAUGCAUAUGUUGUAGCAGGUGCUGCCGUCAAAUAGGCAUUCUGUCCUGUGUGUGAGAGGCAGACAAGACGACAUGCCUUUUCUAAGCAUGUCUGCUUUUUUAUUUUUUUUGGUAAGCAUGAAAACAAGAAAUACCUUUAAAUAUAGGAAAGCAGCAGUCUGCUCAGCUAAUUGGGCGGUGCAGGGAACACACAAGUGUGGCCUUUAGAUGCUGUUGAGCUGCAACUCACAUCAUCCCAGAUUCUUUGUUCAUGCUGGUUGGGGCUGAUUGGAAUUGUAGUGCUAAGAUUUAUGGAAUCGUCUCUGCCGCACUUCCACUUCAUAGGGCUGUGUACAGGUAGGUGAGCACACUAUGUGCAUGAGAGCUAGAAUAAUAAUAAUAGUAAUAUAUAUUGCUUGGUAUGGGAGCAGAGUAAGAUCAGCUGUCCUGUUAACUUGCCCCGCCCACUCCAAAUUUCCAUCCUGUGGCUUUAUAGACAUCUUUGGGCACAGUAGGGCAGCAGUUAAGAGGUCUCCCCACUGUGCUUCUCUUUAUAAGUUCAGCUCCUGCCCGAUUGGCCAGGAGAAACUAGAGCCUCCCUUUGAACUCCUCACUAUUAAAGACACACUUGCCCUGCAAGAGGCAGCAAUUGGUAUUUUUGCGCCCACUUUUACAAGCUAAGCAGCUGCUCUAGUUAAAACGUAUUUCCACGCAGCAGGUGUAGCCUCCAGGCUCAUGUGUUAUUUCCCCUCUCCAGCUCUUCCAGUCAUUCACUUCUCACAGUGCGUGACCGACUCCUUACUGGGGCUGCUGUAAAUCAAGACAGGUUCCUAGCCAUCUUGGUUGCUUUAUUUAGCUAAGACCACCAGUCUUGGAAGCAAGUGCCCGGUUUCAUGCAGCUGCUCUGUGAGGAUCUGCAAGGGAGGGAGAGACUUUGGAGAGGGAUGAUGACAGGCAGGGUUUUAACACGCAUGGGUGUAGAAAGCUGUUUCAUAUUGAGUCGUGCUACCAGUCCAUUUAUCUCAGUGGUAUCUGGCCUAUGGCUUAGAACAGGGCUCUGGACAGAGGUGUGUCCCUUUUAAUGGCAGGUGUCAGGAUUCAACCUGGGAUCUUAUGCAUGAAAAAGCACGUGUUUUAUCACUGGCUGACACCCCCUUCCUGUUUCUAGGGGAGGAUUGUCAAGGAGACAGCUGGAGAUUUUUGGGUUGGGUUUUUUUUUUUACAAUUACCGUAUUUUUCGCUCUAUAAGACGCACCAGACCACAAGACGCACCUAGUUUUUGGAGGAGGAAAACAAGAAAAAAAUCUGAAUCUCAGACGCCAGAACAGCAAGAGGGAUUGCUGCGCAGUGAAAGCAACAAUCCCUCUUGCUGUUCUGGCUUCUGGGAUAGCUGCGCAGCCUGCAUUCGCUCCAUAAGACGCACACACAUCUCCCCUUACUUUUUAGGAGGGAAAAAGUGAGUCUUAUAGAGCAAAAAAUACGGUAUAUUGUCAAACUGCUGUGCAAAUAAGUUACAUUAGGAUUAAAAGGGUUCACUGUGAUGGCACUAGGGAACUAUCUGUACAUUUCCCUAACCACUCAAAACAGAUACACUGAGUGGCAACGAGCAGACACCAAAAAUGAGCUAUAAUCUGGGGGAAAUUUUGGAGGGAAGAUUUCAACGACAGCUGCAGAGCCCUCAGUGGUACCUAGAUAUUUUGCCUUGUUUCUCAUUCUUGAAAACAUGUCUCACAAAGUUAGCAUCCUACACAUAUUUUUGUACUACACAGCUUGGAUUAAGUAACUGGUGAGCUGUAACGGAAUCGUCCACUACUCUUCCAAUCUAAAGACAAUAUUCCUGCUCCCUACAGGUGAAAGGUGGACACCUAUUUGCUUCCCCCUACCCCCAAACAAAAAGAGUGCUGCUGAAUCAGGCCAGGGACUCCUCUAGUCAAGCAUUCUCUUCUCCCGUUUGUCAGUCAAAUGUCAGGCGCUUAACUGCUUGUGAAACCUAGCAACUAGCUUUCAAAGGCAUAUGCUGCCUCUUAAUUCUGAAAGUAAUACAGUGGUACUUCAGGUUAAGUACUUAGUUCAUUCCGGAGGUCCGUUCUUAACCUGAAACUGUUCUUAACCUGAAGCACCAUUUUAGCUAAUGGGGCCUCCUGCCACCACGCCGCCGGAGCAUGAUUUCUGUUCUCAUCCUGAAGCAAAGUUCUUAACCCGAUGUACUAUUUCUGGGUUAGCGGAGUCUGUAACUUGAAGCGUAUGUAACCUGAAGCGUAUGUAACCCGAGGUACCACUGUAUAUGGCCAUCAAGUAACUAUUGAUAGAUUUAUCCUGCAUGAAUUUUAUGAUCUCCUUUUUAAAGCCAUCUAAGUUGGUAGCCAUUGUGGUUUGUGAAUUCCAUAGCUGUUUCUUCUUCUUUGGCAAUCCCUCGUAGCCGAGUAAGAUUGUCUUCUAUGAGCACGGUCUUAACAGUGAAUCCGUAAGUGACUGGAGGCCAAUUCUGGAUCCACACACCCUUCCAAAGUGGGGACAUAGGUUUCUGGGUGGGACUUGGUCAUGGCGAGGGUUUGCAAAACGUGCCUUCCUCUUAGCACAUUUCUCCCUUUUGUCCUGAUUUUGAGCGUCUUCAAAGACCAUGACACCUUUGGUAAAGGCUGCUUUGGAGGGCUUGCAGGCCAGUGUUUCCCAGUUGUCGGUGUUUAUACUACAUUUUUUUUUAGAUUUGCAUUGAGAGAGUCUUUAAACCUCUUUUGUUGACGACCAGCAUUACACUUUCCAUUUUUAAGUUUGGAAUAGAGUAGUUGCUUUGGAAGACGUUAAUCAGGCAUCUGAACAACAUAACCAGUCCAACAAAGUUGAUGUUGAAGAAUCAUUGCUUCCACACUGGUGAUCUUUGCUUCUUCUAGUACACUGGCAUUAGUUCGCCUGUCUUCCCAAGUGAUCUGUAAAAUUGAAUGGAAUUUUACCAUUGGUGAAAUGUUUCAAGGAGUUGGAGAUGUUGUUUAUAAGUGGUCUAUAUUUCACAAGCGUACAGUAAGUUUGGUAGCCACAGUUUAUGCCCUGUGUGACAAAGGUUUUCCUUUUGUCGGUCCUGAACCUUCCAUGCUUCAGCUUCAUUGCAUGCCCCCAAGUUAUCGUAUUCAGAAUCUAUUUCCUCCACACAACGCAUAACCUCUUAUCAUGUUCUCCGCCCACUUAGCUGCCUUUUUUUCUAAGCUAAUGAGUCCCAGAUGUUGUAACCUUUCCUCAUGGGAGAGUUGCUCCAGUCCCUUGAUCAUUUUGGUUCCCCUUUUCUGGAUCUCUUCCAGCUCUGUAGUAACCUUUCCAAGGUGAGGCAACCAGAACUGUGCAGCAGUAUCGCAAGUGUGGUCUCGCUGUAGAUUUGUAUAAUGGCAUUAUCGUAGUAGUCGUUGUAUUUCCAGUCCCUUUCCUAAUGAUCCCUAACAUGGAAUUCACCUUUUUCACAGCUGCCGCACACUGGGUCGACAUUUUCAUCGAGCUAUCCACCAUGGCCCCAAGAUGUCUUUCCUGGUCAGUCACCACCAGGUCAGACCCUGUUAGCGUCUAUGUGAAGUUAGGAAUUUUUGCCCCAAUGUGCGUCAUUUUACACUUGCUUACACUGAAUUGCAUUUGCCAUUUUACUGCCUUUCUGCAUGGUUUGGAGAGAACUUUUUGAAACUGCUGCUGCUACUAUAACUUUUUGUUUUUACCACCCUGUGUGAUUUGGUGUAAUAGACCCAAAAGCGAAACAUUAAAAUAAGCAAGUAUGCCAAUUGCAAUAAAGAAAGGCAGUGCAGUUAUUAAAGUAGUUUAAAAUAAAACCGUACAGAUAAAAUUGCUUUGACAUCAAAAUGCACCCCAGUCACAGCGGGUGGAGAAGCUGUGCAUUAAAUUGUAGCUCUACACUAGAGUGUGGCUCACAUGCUGUCGCGGCUCACUUCCUUUCCAAAUCGUGUCACACGGUGAGUUUGGGAGUUGACAGUUCAUGGCGUGAGCCCCCACAACAAAGGCAUGUGGCAUUCCCACUGCGUGGCUUCUACUAAGCUUUUUCAACUCUGCUCUCUUGGCAAGAUCUACACCUGCCAACGUUGGCAAAGCAUCUUCAGAACUGAUCACUGAACGCUCCUGAUGGUACCAGCCCUUCAUAGUCAAUACUACACAACCUGAGAAUUGACCUUAAAGGGUUGGGGAGGUGUUGUUAUUGAUUUAUUUAAAGACCUUUUUUUUAAAUCCCAUUCUCCAGCCAGUGAAGAUUCCCAGAGCAGCUUAGUAAUCACUCCACUCCCCUAAAAAGGCACAGUCUCUGCCCACAAACUUAAAAUUCCAAAAAAGACAUGCGAGAAAAGGAACAGAUUAGGAGGGAGGAGGAAACAGGCAAUUAAGCAUUCACAUUCUCUUUUUAGGACAUGGGGAGGCCUCAUAUCUGUGGAUCUAAAGUACCUUCAUGGCUACGUACUAGGCCCCUUUCUCUGCUUUUGACAGGCACUCGGAAUGCCGUGCUAAAUACAGAGGCUCGCACAGUGGAGGCGGAUGUCUUGAGCCGCCGCUGCGUGAUGAUGCGGCUGAUGGACUUCUCCUACGAACAGUACCAGAAGGCGCUUCGCCAGUCGGCCGGUGCCGUGGUGAUCAUCCUGCCACAGAACAUGUAUUCGGUGCCUCAGGAUGUCAUCCGGGUAAGCAUCCCUUUGAGGCCCCUGCCUUAUGUUCAUAAUUGUGCUUCAGCGUGCUGAAACUGCCUCCCCUGCUUAAUUCCAGAAAUCCUUAUGCCACCUGUAAUCAAGCCGAUAUUAUGGCUUCUACCUGGACCCCGAGAUCAUCCUCUGAGGACCUUCUUUGUGUGCCUCCUCCAAGUGAGGUCCGGAGGGUGAGCAGAGUCCUCCUCUGCAAGUCACUGAGUCUUUUAUCUGCUCCUCCUCAGCAAUUCAUGGAGAUUGAGCCAGAAAUGCUGGCGAUGGAAACCAUUGUGCCGGUCUACUUUGCUGAGGAAGAUGAUGAUCUCCUCUCGAUCUACGAGCAAACGCAGGCGGCUUCUGCGUCGCAAGGCUCAGCUUCAGCUGCUGAAGGUAGGCCUCUUUCAAAAAAAUAACUGGGAUUAGCUUCAGGGGUUGCCUCCCUUUAAGACUAUCUUCCAAGGGCCUUUUCAGAGGUGGCACCUCAUAUUUGGAACAGCAACUCCAGAUAGAUCCAACAGGCUUUGCUACUGGUAUAAGAGAGGGAUCAUAAAAAAAAGCUUGGCAGGUGUUGGGAAAGAUCCAGCUCUAGAAUACUAUACCCCCUUAUCUGGGAUUAAACACCAUGGGACUCAGUGGGUUUUGUUUUUUAGUAGACAGGCAUAGGACUACAUGGUUACAUUAUGAAGAAGCCUGAGGCAAUGGGUUGUUUCCAACUAAGUUUUACUCAGAACAGACCCAUUGAAAUUCAUAAUAAUUAUUAAUAAUAAUUUUAUUAUUUAUACCCCGCCCAUCUGGCUGCGUUUCCCAGACACUCUGGGCGGCUCCCAACAGAAUAUAAAAAACACAAUCAAACAUUAAAAACUUCCCCAACAGGGCUGCCUUCAGAUGUCUUCUAAAAGUCAGAUAGUUGUUUAUUUCCUUGACAUCUGGUGGGAGGGCGUUCCACAGGGCGGGUGCGACUACUGAGAAGACCCUCUGCCUGGUUCCCUGUAACCUCACAGUGAGGGAACUGCCAGAAGGCCCUCGGAGCUGGACCUCAGUGUCUGGGCUGAAUGAUGGGGGUGGAGACGCUCCUUCAGGUCUACAGGGCAGAGUCCGUUUAGGGCUUUAAAGGUCAGCACUAACACUUUGAAUUGUGAUCAGAAAUGUAUACAUGAACCCAAUUCCUGUUAUAUUUUGAAAACUUAUGUUAAAUAUAAAGAGGCAAACCUUGACUGUGGAUAGAAAAGGCUGUCCAGAAUAUAUAAACCAUGCCGGCUCAAAUCCAUGUGUGUCUUCUAUACUCCCCGCAAUUUGCAAGGUUUCUGAUACUGUUGUGAAUGAAGGCAAAGUGUAGCUGUGUACUCUUACCUUUAUUCACCUGUCUUCUUCCUAGUACUUUUACACACAGCAACUGCCAACGGCUUCCAGAUGGUGACCAGUGGGGCUCAGAGCAAAGCAGUCAGUGACUGGCUCAUCACCAGUGUGGAGGUGAGUUCGGGAGCACUUCCUGGCAUACUGACUUUUCAAGGUUGGAUUACCAUAAUGCACUGUGCGGGGCUUCUUUUGCGCUUGACCCAGAAACUGUAGUUAGGGCAGAGUGCUGCAGCGCAGUUGCUGACAGGAGUGAGAGACCCUAUCAGCUUGUAACACCUCUGCUCAGAGGGCUGAACCGCCCUGUGAUCUUUCGUUGAAGGUCAGUGUACAAAUUUAAUAAACCAGCAAGCAAGCCAACCAAAACCAAGUCUGCACUGGUUGCCAUAUUCCUGCCAGGCCAACUUCAAGGUGUUACUGUCAGUUUGCAUUUCUUGGUGCAGAAGGUAAUUGAUCUAAAGUGUAGAGAUCUUGUCUAUACUAAUUGAUUCAAGAGGGAUCUGGAAGCUUCUCUGUGUGAUACAAACUGAAGUUUCUAGCUAACAAGCAGGCUUCUGUUCUGCCUAGAAACAAGCAAAAGGUUCCUGAUGUUCGGUUUAUACCUUCAGAGAAGCUGAACAGCUGGUUUAAACUGGUCCUGUUAUCUCUUUCACCCAAGGUCAUGCUGAGUUUCACAUUCUGUCUUUCUUUCCUUCUGGUGUGGUGUUCUGUAUAUAGUAUGCUUAAGUGCUUAGUUAUAGUCAGUUUUAUCAGUUAUUGUAAAUUUAGGUUAAGUCUGCUGCAACUGGAUUUCUUAUGGACAGGGCCAGUCCUGAAUGCAUUGGUUUUGUGACCAUUAUUCUCAUUUGCCUUCAGUAGCAGUAAAGCUCUGCUGGAUGGAAUGUUAAUUGCCUCUGGUCUAUUUUGUUUGGGAAUCCUACAACGUGCUAAGUUUAUUUUGCUCUGCUAACUGUAUGUACGUUGGAAUCUGCUCUGGAUCAAUAUGAGCAGAAUUCUUAACAUUUACUUUUGGUACACAUAGUAACUGCCUGGGCCCAGUUUACCUCCACGUUUGCCUUAACCAUUUAUGUGCCCACUCAACUGCGUCGACCUGCAGGGCUGGCACUGUUACAGGUGCCGCAGUAAGUGCUCAUUCUGCCCUUGUAAGAAAUCAUUAAUUUAGUAUGGUGGCACCUGCCCUUUGGAACUCCUUGCCCAUUGACCUCAGUUGGGCACCUUUGCUGUACGCUUUUAUGUGUCUGCUUAAAACAUUCUUUUUCUUUUUAGGCAAGUCUGUCCAGAUACACAAACGUUGACGUGCUUUAAUCUUUUUGCUGUUGAUUUUAAUUAUUUUUGAUUUUUUUUUUUUACUUUUAAAAAUUGAUAAUCUUUAAUAUUUCUUGUAAGCUGCUUAGAGGUUGGUUUUUUAAAAAAAUAAAACACCACGGUGAAAAUGGUGCGUGCUUUCUGUUAAAUAAAAUGGGCACAAAUGUAACUUUGCAAACUCAGGAAGAGCUGGGGCAUGUUUGCUAGGGCCAAGGAGGCACUCGUUUUGGGCUACCAAGCCAAGAGUACAGGUUCCCAGAGUCUAGUCUUAACUACUUUUCACAAGCCUGACUCUUAACCCUGCUUUUAAAAAAAUCAUUUUACUAAAAUUAUUGUUCAAUCAGUGUGCAUCAUGCUUCUGGCGAUUAGAAGCAGACAGUCCUCUUUCUGGAGGAAAAGUCUCUUUCUGGAGGAGUUUACAGUCUAAAUUUUGACAUAGGGGUGAUAAGGAAAUGCAGUGGAAGUGGAUGCAGUAAAUAAGGCAGAGAAAGAAUAUCCAAUCCUUGCAUGUUAUUACUGGUGUGUUUGUUUCCGCCUAGCAUUCUUAGAGAAUUAAUAAGAUUCAUUGUUUGCCAUUUGUCUUACGUAUUUUAUUGUACACUGCCAUGAUAUUAUUAUGAGGCUCCUCCCCCCGAAAAACUCUUCCGAAUUAUUAAUAAAAUCAAUACAUCUGCAUGGGCCUGGUUACAGGCUGGCAGGUUGCGACAGGGCACAAAGUGGUAUAGGCAGCGGUGCCAAAGGCUUUGCAGAAAAGGUGUGAGGAGAGAUUUGAAAGGAGGAGGGAGGCAGUUCGGAGUUUAAGAGAUGAUACGUGAGUCUUUGGGUGGAGCUGGAGACCUUUGGACAGUCGAGGCUUGUGGAGCUCCAGGAGUAAAAGUCAUGAGCAAUAGGCAUAGGUGAGAAGGGCUGGGAAGGAACAAAAAACCCAAAACCAAACCAAGGAGCCUACGCUGGAUAAGGGAGCAGACGAGAAGUCGGUGUAGGGAUUUUGAAAGUGUUCAGAAAUGAUUUACAGCAGAGAUUCUGAAGGUGUUUAGAAAGUGAUUUACAAUAGCAAUAAUACUCUAAGAGCUGUUUGACAAUGGAACAGACUCCCUUGGAAGGUGAUGGACUUCACUGGAGGUUUUUAAGCAGAGCUUGGAUGGCCACCUGUCAAGGAUGCUUUAGCUGAGAUUCCUAAAAUUGCAGGGGGUUGGACUAGAUGACCCUCAGGAUACCUUCCAACUCUACAAUUCCCUAGAUUUCAUGAGGAGGCAGAGGUGAUGUGUGGUGUCUUGCACUGACACAGCGGCAGAAAUGGCCUUGAUGUAAUGAUUCCUCCCCUGCUCCCCUUUCUAGGGUCGGCUGACUGGUCUGGGAGGAGAGGACUUGCCUACUAUUGUAGUAGUCGCUCAUUACGACUCUUUUGGAGUGGCACCGGUAAGUUUCUGUCGGCUGUUGCCCCAUGCUUGCUUAGGCCUUUCUGUAUAACGCAGCAUGGCUCACUUAUGCAAGCCGCCUACGUUGUUAUAGAGAGCCAGUGUGGUGUCGUGGUUAAGAGCGGUAGUCUCGUAAUCUGGGGAACCGGGUUCGCGUCUCCGCUCCUCCACAUGCAGCUGCUGGGUGACCUUGGGCCAGUCACACUUCCUUGAAGUCUCUCAGCCCCACUCACCUCACAAAGUGUUGUGGGGGAGGAAGGGAAAGGAGAAUGUUAGCCGCUUUGAGACUCCUGAAGGGGAGUGAAAGGCGGGAUAUCAAAUCCAAACUCUUCUUCUUCUUAUACACUAACAGUUCCUUUAAAUUUGGGCAGACCUUAUGCAUGAACUGACUAUAGAAUGAUCUGAUCCACUGGGUCUUCUGCUUUGUUUGUUGAACUUUAUGAGUUACUUCUGUUGAAAUUUACAAUUUGCUACUAUGAAUUGUAUACCUUAUUUAUCUAAGAACACAGCCGGUUAAGUCUCAUGUGUUUAUUGAGGAGGGAGCUCACAAGCAGGGCUGGAAGGCAAGCUGCCCUCCCACCUUGACUGUCCUCAGCACCCGGCUGGCCUUCCCUUUUGUGGAUCACAGCUGUUCUAUUUUUAAAAACAAGGUUCAGAUGUCGGUGGCUGUUGCGCCAUUCAGUGGCAAAAAAAUCCCAGCUUCCUGCUGGCUGCCACGUGUGGCAAUGACUUGGCUUGCUCUGCAAGGAUCUGGCUUGCUUCCCGUCCCCCCUUUGCUGGUGUGUCCCCAAACCCAAAGUUGCCCUUAAUAUUGGAUAUUCUUUCCCCCCCCCCCAGUGGCUCUCCCAUGGCGCCGACUCCAACGGCAGUGGAGUCGCCAUGCUCCUGGAACUGGCCAGGCUGUUCUCUCGCCUCUACACGUACAAACGGACACACGCCGGGUAAGUCGAAUUUCUCUUCUGGGAGGCCUUUUGCCCAAAGCGGGGGUGCAAUGGCCAGAAUGUAAGCUUGACCCUUCUCUUUGCCCCCCAGGUAUAAUCUGCUGUUCUUUGCGUCUGGAGGUGGCAAGUUUAACUAUCAAGGGACCAAGCGGUGGCUGGAAGACAACCUGGAUCACACAGGUGCUGUGGGCUUAUUGUUAUAUUCCCCAUAAACCUGGAGGUUCCACGGCCAGGUGGAGGACCUGGCUCAUGAGUUGGCCAGGAGGGGAGAGGAUGCAUCAGGAGGAUGACUGGGAAGCUAUGGGCCUAACUUUCUCACUUUUAGAAAUGGGAGUGUGUAGCUCUCAUAGAAUCAUAGAAUCACAGAAUCAUAGAGUUGGAAGAGACCACAAGGGCCAUCGCGUCCAACCCCCUGCCAAGCAGGAAACACCAUCAGAGCACUCCUGACAUAUGGUUGUCAAGCCUCUGCUUAAAGACCUCCAAAGAAGGAGACUCCACCACACUCCUUGGCAGCAAAUUCCACUGCCGAACAGCUCUUACUGUCAGGAAGUUCUUCCUAAUGUUUAGGUGGAAUCUUCUUUCUUGUAGUUUGGAUCCAUUGCUCCGUGUCCGCUUCUCUGGAGCAGCAGAAAACAACUUUUUUCCCUCCUCUAUCUGACAUCCUUUUCUAUAUUUGAACAUGGCUAUUAUAUCACCCCUUAACCUCCUCUUCUCCAGGCUAAACAUGCCCAGCUCCCUUAGCCGUUCCUCAUAAGGCAUCGUUUCCAGGCCUUUGACCAUUUUGGUUGCCCUCCUCUGGACACGUUCCAGUUUGUCAGUGUCCUUCUUGAACUGUGGUGCCCAGAACUGGACACAGUACUCCAGGUGAGGUCUGACCAGAGCAGAAUACAGUGGCACUAUUACUUCCCUUGAUCUAGAUGCUAUACUCCUCUCAAUAAAUAGCUUGCGACUAUCCCUGGUCUUAGCUGACAAUCAGUGGUUUUUCAUGUUGCAUUAAGAGCAUGCAAAGGGUGUCUCUUCCACCUCCUUCCCCGCCUUGUAACUCUUUGUAGGAUGAUGGCCGUUUCAUGUCCCUGAAUGCCCCUUAUUUCAGAUUCCAGUUUGCUGCAGGACAACGUGGCCUUCGUACUCUGUCUGGACACUCUGGGGAGAGGGAACAGUCUCCACCUACACGUCUCGAAGCCUCCAAAAGAGGGGACCCUUCAACAUGCUUUUCUGAAGGAGCUGGAGCUGGUAAACAAAGGGGGUCAGGCUGGCUUGUGUUGGGCAAGAUGGGAGGGCAGCAGCAGUUGAACACUCAGUGUGCCUUCCUGGCAGAGCAUCCCACUGUGCUCCGGCUAAUGCGGAUGCCUCUUCCCCCUUUUCUGGAGGAAAUAAGGCAGCUGUCCUUACUACAGAAUUACUGUUUCUGGGGGACACAGGUGUGGAGGACUCCCCAGUCCUGUAGGGGUAACUGCCCACCUAAAGGACCAGGUGCACAGCCUGGGAGUCAUGGAGGCACAGGUCAGUUCUGUGUCCAGGGCAGCUGUCUACCAGCUGCAUUGGGUACACCGGCUGAGACCCUACCUGCCUGUGCCCUGUCUCGCCAGAGUGGUCCAUGUUCUGGUUAUCUCCCACUUGGACUACUGCAGUGCACGCUACCUUUGAAGGUGACUUGGAAACUACAGGGUUUCAGGCAGGGGACAGUUGCCAUCCCUACCUGAAGAUGCGGAGGACUGAACCUGAAAGCUGAAUGUGAAGCGGGUGCUCUGCCGCUGAGGCACGGUCCUUUCCUUUAAAAAUUGAAGUAAGAUUCUAGUCCUCAUGUGUAGGGAUAUCGCGGAGUGGGCAGUGGGGUCCGGAGGGAGCACACUCCCCACCAGCAGGCAGCCACAGUCUGCCUGCACGCGUGACCCUGGGGUGCAUAGAAUACUCCCCCCCCCGACAAGCCACAGCUGUCUGAACAUCGUUCCCUCUGUCUGACCUUUUGUGGUCUCAGCAGUCUGCUGUGUCCUGUCUGUAACCUUUGUCCCUGAGACCUUUUGUCUCCUUCGUCAUACACUGUGCAAGGGGAAAAUGACGCGGUGGAAACAGGUGCCAAAAUAACUUUGUACCACCCCACGAUCUCGGGACCGAAGAUGUGUAAAGGUCAUAGCCCAAAAUGUAUCUGCCUGGUUUGCAUAUUUGUCUCAAUAAAAGGAGGCUCCACAGGGCAAGCCAGCAGCUUGCAUGCAGCCCACCUGUGCGCAGCUCACCUGAUGACCAACCCCCAGUCUUGUGCCUUCACUUCACUCAUGACUGUUUUAAAACAGUCCAUUGGUCCAUCUAGCUCAGCAUCAUCCAUGCUGACUGGCAGUGUCUCUCCAGGGUGUCAGGCAGGGAGUCUCUCCCGGUCCUGUCUGGAGAUGAAAAGCAGACCCUCUCUCACUAAGCCCUGUUUAGGGAAGUUUUUAAUGACUGGUGUUUUAAUGUAUUUUUAAUCUUUGUUGGAAGCCGCCCAGAGUGGCUGGGAAAACCCAGCCAGAUGGGUGGGGUAUAAAUAAAUUACUACUACUACUACUACUACUAUUCCCCUUUUGGGAAUAGAUUGGGGUUGCGUAGCAUGGCAAAGGCGCAGACCCUGUUUUAAGAAAAGCAGGGUUGCGAGGGAGUUGCUAACUGUGCCCCGGAGGCGAGUUGCUUGGCGCCUCCUCACCCCUUUCUUUCUGGUGACUUGUCUCCCAGGUGAUUGCCAGCCAGUUCCCAGAGGUGAGGUUCUCCAUGGUGCACAAGAAAAUCAACCUCGCAGAAGACAUGCUGGCCUGGGAGCAUGAGCGCUUUGCCAUCCGACGCCUCCCAGCCUUCACCGUCUCCCACCUCGAGAGCCACCGAGACGGCCUGCGCAAGAGCAUCAUGGACGUGAGGUCAGCCGCUGGGUGAGGAGGCUGCAAUAAGGGCUGGCAGGGGAUGGCGGUAGCUUUCAGAUGCUGGUCUGCUUGCACGUAUGAGCUGAGGAUCAUUAUCAGAAAACGAACCUUGAACUCAUUAGGAAACAUGAAGCUGCCUCUCACUGAGUCAAACUCACCAUUGCCCACACUGGCUGGCAGUAGCUCUCCAGGGGUUCAGACUGGAGCCCUUUCCCAGCAAGGAUGUGGGUGGCACUGUGAUCUAAACUGCUGAGCCUCUUGGGCUUGCCAGUCAGAAGGUCGGCUGUUCUAAUCCCCGUAACGGAGUGAGCUCCCGUUGCUCAGUCCCAGCUCCUGCCAACCUAGCAGUUCAAAAUCACACCAGUGCAAGUAAAUAAAUAGGUACCACUGCGGUGGGAAGGUAAACAGCGUUUCCAUGCGCUCUGGUUUCUGUCACAGGGUCCCGUUGCGCCAGAAGCAGUUUAGUCCUGCUUGCCACAUGACCCGGAAAGCUGUCUGUGGACAAACUCCGGCUCCCUCUGCCUGAAAGCGAGAUGAGCGCCGCAACCCCAUAGUCACCUUUGACUGGGCUUAACCGUCCAGGGGUCCUUUACCUUUUUCCUUUUUCCCCCAGCCCUAACUGGAGAUUCAGGGUUUGAACCUGGAUCCUUCUCCUGGCACAGCAGGUGCUCUGUCAUUCAGCUUACAGCAAUUGUGUAGAGCAUAAACUUGGAGGGCUGCCACUUGGCUCAGGAGCUGAACAUGUGAGAUUACAUUUAGCAGUGGAGACUUAAUAUUACCUGUUGGCAGACAAAAGUUAUGCAGGGGGAAGUGUAGCCAUUUUUCCUUUCUUAAACCACGUAAGCUGUUGCCACGUCUUCUAAACACGAAUUCCACGAGUUCUGGCUGGGAGGCAGGGAGCCUGCUUGUCUGAAUGCUCUCUGAUCUAGCAGGGCAGGCUUAGGCUCUUCUAUCGUUUCUCUUUCUGUCUCUGUCUCCCUCCCCGCCUCACUGCAACGUAACAGUGGGUGGGUGUGGAGGCAUUUUGUACGAAAAGCUUUGUAUGUUUCUCUGGAACCGGAAUUCCUUGCGCAAGUCCAGUAGCAUGCCCUCCGUUGUGUGUGAAGAGUGUGCCAGUGGUGACUUCCAGUUUGGCCCUCGGUCUUGGUAUGAAGUAGGGGUGGGGAAGCCAUGCUGGCCCUCUGGAUGUUGUUGGGACUCAACCCACUUUCAGCACCAGCACCCAACAGGGAUGAUGGGAUGUUGUAGUCCGGCAACACCUGCAGGGUAGUGGUUCAGAGCGAUAGACUCGUAAUCUUGGGAACCGGGUUCGCGUCUCCGCUCCUCCACCUGCAGCUGCUGGGUGACCUUGGGCCAGUCACACUUCCUUGAGGUCUCUCAGCCCCACUCACCUCACAGAGUGUUUGUUGUGGGGGAGGAAGGGAAAGGAGAAUGUUAGCCGCUUUGAGACUCCUUCGGGUAGUGAUAAAGCGGGAUAUCAAAUCCAAACUCUUCUUCUUCUUGUUAACGCCAGUUUGGGGUGGCAAACGCCCUGCAUGUAAUUAUCCAUUCUUACUGGUGUCCUAGCUUUCCUACUGUGCAUAGUUAACACAUAGCACAUAGUUAAACUGUGGAACUCUCUCCCACAGCAGGCAGGGAGGGCCACCAACUUGGACGGCUUUAAAAGAGAGUUAGACCGUGGUUGGAGGCAGUAAUGCUUCUGAAUAACAGUUGUUAGAAACGGCAGGAGGCAAGAAUGCUCUUGUGUUUGGGUCCCGCUUGCAGAUUUCCCGUUGGGGCACCCAGUUGGCCACUGCGAAAACAGGCUGCUGGACUAAAUGGGCCAUUUACCACAUCCAGCAGGGCUAUACUUGCAUUCAUAUAUAUACAGUGGUACCUCGCAAGACAAAAAACUCGCAAGACGAAAGCGUUUUUCGUUUUUGAAGUUGCUUCGCAAGACGAAUUUCCCUAUGGGCUUGCUUCGCAAGACGAAAACGUCUUGCAAGUUUGUUUCCUUUUGGAUUUUCAAUGCAUUCCUAUGGGAAACUGUGCUUCGCAAGACAAAAAAUUCGCAAGACAAAAAAACUCGCAGAACAAAUUAAUUUUGUCUUGCUAGGCACCACUGUACAGUGGUAUCUCGGGUUACAUACGCUUCAAGUUAUAAACUCCGCUAACCCAGAAAUAGUACCUCGGGUUAAGAACUUUGCUUCAGGAUGAGAACAGAAAUCGUGCUCCGGCGCCACAGCAGCAGGGGGCCCCAUUAGCUAAAGUGGUACCUCAGGUUAAGAGCAGUUUCAGGUUAAGAACGGACCUCCAGAACAAAUUAAGUACUUAACCCGAGGUACCACUGUAUAUAUAUAGAGAGAGAGAGAGAAAAAAUUUUUUUAACAACCAGAUUAUCAAUCAAUAUAUAAAGGUAAAGGGACCCCUGACCAUUAGGUCCAGUUGUGGCCGACUCUGGGGUUGCGGCGCUCAUCUCGCUUUAUUGGCCGAGGGAGCCGGCGUACAGCUUCCGGGUCAUGUGGCCAGCAGGACUAAGCCGCUUCUGGCGAACCAGAGCAGCGCACGGAAAUGCCAUUUACCUUCCUGCCAGAGCGGUACCUAUUUAUCUACUUGCACUUUGACAUGCUUUCGAACUGCUAGGUUGGCAGGAGCAGGGACCGAGCAACAGGAGCUCACCCUGUCGCGGGGAUUCGAACCGCCAACCUUCUGAUCGGCAAGCCCUAGGCUCUGUGGUUUAACCCACAGCGCCACCCGCGUCCCUCAAUCAAUAUAUAGCAUUCUUAAUGUGGAGGAGCAUUUUUUUAAAGUGCAGCAUGCGCACCCUUCCCAGCCACCUGGUUAUCUGAAAUGGUUCCUUGCCGAAAGGGGAAAGGGUUGGAAAGGGAGGAGGAAAACAAGCACAGCCAGCCAUCAGUUCUUGAAAGUUACCACUGCAGUUGGGAGUAUCUCCCCCAGAAUUCUACCCCAAGGCUUCAUCAUCUCCAGACUGGCUUGCUGUCAAGGUGGGGGGUGGGAUAGCCAGCUGUAUGAACUGCGUCGUAUGGGCCUUGCUCCCUUUUUUGAGGGAAGACAUCGGUUUGCAUGCUCCCUUCCACGUUUAUGAGGACCAUGGGCUGGUUGUCCCUUUUUAAAGACCUCGGGCCCGAGUGGGACUGCUGGCGGAAGACUGCACAAAUGAGAAACUUGGUAGGCAGUCGUUCAAAUGCCUGCUCUCCCUCCCUCCCAAGAAAAUAUGUUCUUGACACCGCUGUUGCCUUUCCCCUUUGCAGGGCACGGGUCGACCCCAAAAUUCUAACCCGCAACACCCGCAUUGUUGUGGAGGCUUUGACGCGGGUUAUCUACAACCUAACAGAAAAGGUGAGGGAUUUUCUCUUACAUCUGCUCUCCCCCAGGCAGUUUUCGCCAGCCACAGCGGAGGAAGAGGUUCAGCGCGGCCCCAUCACAUUUCCUCAUUUGACUCUCCCCCUCCCAGAACUGUUAGCAGCCGUUCCACCGAUUGCAGCCGAGGGGCCGAUAGGGCAGCAUCAACGGUCAGCUGUAGGCUGCCACUUGACCUGGCUGGAAAGAAGGGGCAACGGGGCCAUUCUGAAAGACCAGCUCCAUUUGGCUCCUUUCCUCCCCUAAACCAUCCCUGGUCUUUGUUGUGAUUAUCAGAUACACUAACAUCGCACUCAAGUGCUGAGUCACGAGGAGCAUGUUGCCAAAACAAGGCUCUUGAGAAACAAGGAGGGAAUAUUAACAUGCUCCAUGGGGAGCAAAAGAAAUUUUAUGCUUGCGGGGAGGGGGGAGCCCUAAUGAGGGACCAGAAAAACCCAAGACAGCACUACAUGGAUUAAGUGUGCUCAGCAGCCACUGAACUGACCAUUGAGGGCUGCAGGGUUGUUCAGAAAGGCUAUUCUGGAAGAAGCCAUGCCUGCCUGACUUGAAACCCAGGGUCAGGAGUGCCCCACAUUAUCUUGCACUUAUAGCAUGAGCAGUGAUGUGUGCUUUCCCAGAAAAUUUUGAACUGGGUGAUUUGCACUGGAAUUUUUUGUUCUGUUUUCCCAGGGAGUGGUCUAAUUUAGCACGCUUGUUUGACUUGUAUUUAGCGAUCAAGGCCAAAAACCUUGAAGCUGCCAAGUUUGCCUAACAUUUUUGCGGUUGGUAGGGACGCGGGUGGCACUGUGGGUUACACCACAGAGCCUAGGACUUGCCGAUCAGAAGGUCGGCGGUUCGAAUCCCCGCGACGGGGUGAGCUCCCAUUGCUCAGUCCCUGCUCCUGCUAACCUAGCAGUUCGAAAGCACGUCAAAGUGCAAGUAGAUAAAUAGGUACCAAUCCGGCGGGAAGGUAAACGGCGUUUCCGUGCACUGCUCUGGUUCGCCAGAAGCGGCUUAGUCAUGCUGGCCACAUGACCCGGAAGCUGCACGCCGGCUCCCUCGGCCUAUAGAGCAUGAUGAGUGCCACAACCCCAGAGUCGGUCACGACUGGACCUAAUGGUCAGGGGUCACUUUACCUUUACCUUUAUUUGCGGUUGGUAUUCAUUCAUUGCUGCUAACAAAAUUAGGAAACGGGGAGCAUCUCGCUCCCACAUCACAUAACUUUAAGAAUUGGUGCCUGAGCGUGCUUGUUUUUCUCUUCCCUCCCCAUCCUUCUCCCCUUUCGGGUUGUGUCUCUUGCAUUGAAAGCCCGUGAGCAGGGGCUGCCUUCAAAAAACAAAAAUAUAGCAGGAUGCCUAAAAUUCCCAAUGUGCUUUAUAGAUGAAAACUUUCCACUGUAUCUGUUCCUCUAGGGAGUACCUGUUGACCUCCAGAUCUUCACAGAACAGAUGGUAAGCAUGCCUUGCUAGUGGGGUCUCUUCCCCACAGGGCAAGGGGAAGCCUGAGGGUGGUGGGGGUUUUAAUCUGCAGGGCAGACCGACUGCCUCUCUCCCUUCCCCACCUCCUUGCCUCUGCAGCAGAUCCAGCAGGAACAGAUGGAGUCCGUGAUGGACUGGCUCACCAGUCAGCCAAGGGCCGCUCAGCUGGUCGACAAAGACAGCACUUUCAUCAACACUCUGGAAUAUUACAUGAGCCGCUACCUGAAAGACGUGAAGCAGCAUCAUGUGAAGGCAGACAAGCGGUAAGAGCAGGGCUGCCCUUUGCUCUUUUCCCUGUUCUGCUCUGGUGCUCUUUUGUGCUGUUAACUGCCCUCAAUAUACACACACACACACCUUUUUUUGACGUGGUUAGAGACAGGGUGGCAUAGAGAGGUAAAAAAGCAUCUCCAGGAAAGACUCUGGGUGGUCCUGGUUCAGGGCCCAGCUGGUUUCUUAAUUAUUGAUGGCAUUUAUACUCUGCUCUUUAGCCAGAAAUGCUUUGAGAGUGGCUUACAAAAAUCAGUAUUCAGACACUCCCUUAGAAAAGCAUGGCAUGGACAUGUAACAGGCUAAAAGAGUAUUGGGAAAUGACUUAUAAUGAAUUGAAAUAAAUGUUUGAAAUUACCAAGGGCAUCUAGUCCAACCCCUGCAAUGCAGGAGUCACAGCUAGUGAAUUCCUGGCAGAUGGCCGUCCAACCUGUUCUUAAAAUCCUCCCAUGAAGGAAAGGCCACCACCAUCUUCUGAGCUUUUCUGUUCCACUGUCCAACAGCUCUUAACCCUCGGAAAGUUAUUCUUAAUAUUGAGCUGGAAUCUCCUUUCAUUACAGUGGUGCCCCGCAAGACGAAUGCCUCGCAAGAUGAAAAACUCGCUAGACGAAAGGGUUUUCCGUUUUUUGAGUCGUUCCGCAAGACGAAUUUCCCUAUGGGCUUGCUUCGCAAGACGAAACAUCUUGCGAGUUUGUUUCCUUUUUCUUAAAGCCGCUAAGCUGCUAAGCCGUUAAUAGCCGCUAAGCCGUUAAUAGCCGCUAAGCCGCUAAUAGCCGUGCUUCGCAAGACGAAGAGACUCGCGGAACGGAUUAAUUUCGUCUUGCGAGGCACCGCUGUAUGUUUGAAUCCACUGGUUCAGGUUCUCCCCUCUGGAGUAGCAGGAAACAAAGCUUGCUCUCUCACAAGGUGUGUGACUGAACCCACAUCUGUGCAUCUAGCACUCAACAGGUAUUCCUACACAAAUUACCAAGAGGUGUAGGAGCGUUUGGGUAAAAGAGUACAGUGGUACCUCGGGUUACAGACACUUCAGGUUACAGACUCUGCUAACCCAGAAAUAGUACCUCGGUUUAAGAACUUUGCUUCAGGAUGAGAACAGAAAUUGUGCAACGGCGGCGCAGCGGCAGAGGGAGGCCCCAUUAGCUAAAGUGGUACCUCAGGUUAAGAACAGUUUCAGGUUAAGAACGGACCUCCGGAACAAAUUAAGUUCUUAACCCAAGGUAUCACUGUAUUGGGAAAUGAUCCAUGAUGAAUUGAAAAAAAAAGGUUUUAAAAUACUUCCCCCCCCAAAACCAGAGUCCUUUCUGUUGAGAAUAACUCAGACUGAAAUUCCCAGGUGUCAAAAAUGGUUACCGUAUUUUUCUGUGUGUCAGACGUUGCUUUAAAAAAAUAGGCAAAAAUUGAGUGUUGUCUUAUACACGGACAGUGAAUGCAGAGGGGGGACGUGCGCUUAUUGGCAGCAGCAAGCAGGAGAUUGGCAGCGGCAAUUGGGUGGGUGAUUGGUGGCUGCGGCAAGGCCUGCUGGCGAUUGGCUGUGGCUGCUGCAAUUGGGCAGGUGAUUGAUGGCUGUGGUGAGGCAGGCGAUUGGCGGCUUGGGCAGGUGGGCUGUUGCUGGCGGUGAGCGGGCAGACGAGGUGUGCGAUCAGCAGUGGUGCGCAGACGGAUGAGCGAUUGGUGGAAGUCACCUCCCCCCCCCCAACAAAGCUAAACAGCUUAAUUUCUUAAUUUUUGGUUAAAAAAAUAGGGGUCAUCUUAUACACGAAAAAAUACGGUAUUUAUGUAUGCUACUACUGCAGCUCGUGUUUUGUUAGCCCCCAAAGGGAAGACGAGCAAGGUCCCAACCAAAGAAGAUUGGCAACUUAAGUGGACAGACUAUGCACAACUUGCAGACUUAAUAUGUAGAAUAAGAGAACAAGAAGAACAUACAUUUAAAGAAGAUUGGAAAACAUUUAUUGAAUAUAUGGAAAAUAAUUGUACAGCUGCAAACGCUGGCAGCAUUAAGAUACAUUCAACAGUAGAAAUCGGUUUUGAUGGAUGUAAUAAUGGAAAACCGAUCGGUAUAGUUUUUGUAAAAUAUGCAGGAAUUUAUGAUAUGCAAAAUGAACCAUGGAAAGAGAAGGGAAGUCAUUGAUAUCUUAAGCAUGGAAAAUGUUUAUCUGAAAUUGUAAAACAGAAAAUUUAAUAAAAAUCAUAUUUAAAAGGCAUGGCACACAAGGAGAAAGGAAAAGAAGGGAGGAGGAAAGAACAGUCUGAAGCCCGAGUUAUUAAAGUUCCACUUCUUCUACCACGGUUAAGAGCAGCAGCUCCCCACCGAUGUCUGUGGCAGUUCUGGAUCUCCUGCCCCUGAUAACGAGCUCUUUCCCCCACACGCCUGGAAGCAUUCGUCCUCCACAGACGAGACCCAGGGGCUAAGCAGGUGACCGUACCCAGUCUGGGACGCCACAGCAGAUUCUGUCGCACUGUAUGAGUCUUGAGGGCCGUUGGAAUCCUUGCAGCAGGAGGGUGGGAGCAUGGUGGGGCUGGUUGCCUGGUCCUCCCUGGGAGCGCUUUUCCUCUCAGGUCAGAUCCAGCAGAGCUGGCAAUGGGGAGCAAGGCAGCUCCAGCCACACAGCUCUUCCCUCAGGCAACUUAGUUAGAUUAUUAGGAUUUAGGAUGAGCUAGAUCAGACUCUGUACAUAAGGCGCCCCCGUGUAUUUCUACAGCUUACUGUGUUGUGUUGUGACUUUCAAAGGCACAACUGUUUUAAAAACAUGAACAAGUUAAUUCGGCGCCCCUCUUUUUCUAAACCCCAUGCAGGGACCCCGAGUUUGUUUUCUACGACCAGUUGAAGCAAGUAAUGAAUGCAUAUAGGUAAGUGCAAGCAACCUUGUCUUGUAUUUCUUUGCCCUGAGAUCAGAGGCCCCCUCAAAGGCCUGUGUUCUAGGGCUUGGCCUGUGUGGGGUGGGGAGGAAGAACUCUUAAUAUCAACCCCACAGAAAGAAUUGGGAAAUGUUCUGUGCAAAUUCCUCUUGGGCUCUUGCCCAGGAAUGUGGUCAGCCUUUUCUCCCACCUUGUGGUGCUGGCAUUGUCCUGCUUUGAAUACACAGGCUCUGAGGAUCUACCAGCCAAGGAGGAAGCUUCAAGAGAUUCCUCCUUCCUGCCCAGCCAUUAUGCUGCUCUCUCUUACACACUCUCACUCUCCAACCUAUCCAACCUAUCAAGGCAGCCUUCUCAAACUUGGGACUCGCCAGAUGUUAUGGCCUGCGAUGGCAUCAUCCCCAGCCAGCAGGUUGCAGAAGGGGUUAAAUAGGGGUUAAAUCCAGCAGACGGGGCUGGGUGCCCCCUGCCACGCACCAUCUGUUUCCCACCCAACAGAGGGGUCAGAAGCAAGCCUUCUCAGACUGGUGGUGUACCUGACCAUGAGCACAUUUCGUAGGAGAACAUGUGGGGAGGGGCAGACGCUCCAAAUUGGACACUCUUCUUUCCAGAGGGAGAAGAGGGGAGGGCACCCUGGGAGAGGAGCUGGGCCUUUCUGAGUAGCACCCACCUGAACAUGAGCAGCUCUGGCGGAGUAGAAAACAUUCCCCUCUUCAAAGGGUGACUUUGUAUUCCUGUUACUCAUUCACUUUGUAAUCCACCGAUUUCUGUGGAAGUAGUGCAGGAGGGCAUGAAGUGUGCGCUUUAAGGGACUCCGUAAUGUGCGCACGUCUAAACUUGGCUUGUUUUCCAGGGUCAAACCUGCCAUCUUUGAUCUCCUCCUGGCUCUCUGCAUUGCCGCCUAUCUCGGGGUAGCCUAUGUUGCUGUCCAGGUGAGUGUGCAACAGACCGUGGUGGCCUCUCUCAAGCAAAUUUCAGGAGGAAAUCAAGGCAGCUACUUUCUCUUUUCCCCAGGGCUUGUUUGAGUUGGGGCAAAGUCUAUUCAGAAGCUUCUUUUGCCACAUUUUUGAGUUUUGCCUCCACCUCUUAAUAGGUGCUGGCUUCCAUGCCUUUUCAUGAUGGAGGCUAUCUGUUAGCAGUUCAUUAAGCCAGAUUAAUGUGCACAGAGUCCUUUUUAACCUUUCCAAUCCUCACGUUUGCAAGGAAACUUGAAAACUUGCAGACGGAAAGGAAAACUAUUCAAGGGCUACAUUUUUUGUCCAUCCCGUUAUUUUCAUUUCAUUUCAUUUCAUGAAAUGUUCAAGAAGGACACUGACAAACUGGAAUGUGUCCAGAGGAGGGCAACCAAAAUGGUCAAAGGCCUGGAAACGAUGCCUUAUGAAGAACGGCUAAGGGAGCUGGGCAUGUUUAGCCUGGAGAAGAGGAGGUUAAGGGGUGAUAUGAUAGCCAUGUUCAAAUAUAUAAAAGGAUGUCACAUAGAGGAGGGAGAAAGGUUGUUUUCUGCUGCUCCAGAGAAGCGGACACGGAGCAAUGGAUCCAAACUACAAGAAAGAAGAUUCCACCUAAACAUUAGGAAGAACUUCCUGACAGUAAGAGCUGUUUGACAGUGGAAUUUGCUGCCAAGGAGUGUGGUGGAGUCUCCUUCUUUGGAGGUCUUUAAGCAGAGGCUUGACAACCAUAUGUCAGGAGUUCUCUGAUGGUGUUUCCUGCUUGGCUGGGGGUUGGACUCGAUGGCCCUUGUGGUCUCUUCCAACUCAAUGAUUCUAUGAUUCAUGCUCAGAACAAAUUUUGAGUUGUGUGCACAGUGUAAAUAGGAGUGAGACUUAACCGAGGAGAAUUUUAAACUCUGAACAGAUGAUUCUCCCCUGACUCUUCUAUAUCAAAUGGCUUUUUAAAAACUCCCCUCCAUUUUCGAUUUGCCGGGCAUUGUUUUGCUUUGGGGUGGGGUGCCAGAGAAAGAAAAAACAAGUGUAGAUUCCCAUUGGCCUUAUGGAACCACUUUCACAGUGCUCCAGAUCCUGGCAUACAAAUCAGGUUUUUGAGACAAUGGGGGUGAUCCACCCGAAGCCGCCUCCCUAACUUGAUAUGGGUGGGUGGGCUGGCCAAGGGUGGGGAAUUGAGCUAUAGCAAAGAAAGCCUUGCACCUCCCAUGGGACAUUUCAUGGCGGUGCAACAGACACGCCCCUCUUUUAAGGUACCGCUGUUGCAGAUGUGGCUGCAGCCUGCCGGAUUCGAAAACACUUCUCCCACCCCUUCUGCCCGUUUCAGCAUUCAUCUUGAAGAUACAGAGCCACCCACUCACUGUCUGUUUCUCUCUCUCUCUCUCUGCUUGUGUGCCCCCCUUCCCUGCCCCCCCCAGCACUUCAGUCUGCUUUUCAGGUUGGUGCAGAGACUGUCCCUGAAAUCCAAGCAACAGUGAAAUGGUUCCAGAGGCACCGCCGUUGGAAAUGAGCCCGUCCGGACCAGCGCCGCGUUGGAUGCUACUGCUGCUCGUUCCCUCGUUCCGUUUCGCGACACUGGAGCAGGAGGCAGAAGCCGAGACGGAAAACGCCCUUCCCACUCCCUUGCGUUUUGCGGGUCUGCCGUUGCUCUCCCCUCCCGCUCCCCCACCCCCUUCCUCGGGACAGAGCCCCAGGCGUUCUCACACACACACACACACACACACACACACACACUGCUUCCAGACUGAACAAUGGGUGUCUUCUUCUUUUUUUGUCUUCUCUUUCCUUCCUCCCGCCUUCCCUCGGAAAUCUUCCUCUGAGCAAAAAGACAUUUCCAUAAGUGCAAAGCUGCUGUACGAGAAGCAGGCAACAUAUGUGCCAUAGGUUUUAAGCUUUGGGGGUGGAAGCCUUGGGCUGGUGGGGUGGGUGGGGGCCCGCCUGUCAGAUGGAGAACUUGAAGGGGCUGCUUUGGGGGGGUCAGUUUGUGUUUUGUUUUGUUUUUUAAAAAAAGAUGUGCACAUGUAAAUUAAAAGAGAACUACUGCG